UACUGGGCCUUGCUUGACGCUGUUAGGAAGGCCCACAAAUCCUUCCGUCUCCGCAGCGGCGGCGGCUGCAGUCUCGCCGGCGGCGGCGAACGGGCUCAAUGAGGCGGCUCUGCAGUAUCGCCGGCGGGAGGAGCAGGACCUACGCGGAGCGCUUCCCUUCGCUGCUCGACCCGCUGCCGGGCCUCCGCUCUCCACCCGCCCUCCACGACGAGGACCCGCCGCCGCACACGGAGGUCACCACGCUCCCCAACGGCGUCAGGAUCGCCUCCCAGGACAUCCCGGGCCCGAUGUGCUGCGUCGGCGUGACGGUCGCCGCGGGCUCCGUCCACGAGACGCCCUCGUCGGCCGGCGCCGCCCACGUGCUGGAGAGGCUGGCCUUCCACGAGACCCGGAGCCGCGGCCUGGGGGAGAUCGCGCGCGGCGUGGAGGCCGCCGGGGCCACGCUCGGCGCGGCGGCCGGGCGGGAGAGGAUGUUCUACCGGUGCGGCGCGCUCCGAGCCGGCCUGCCCCUGGCCGUCGAGGUGCUCCUCGACUGCGUUCGCAACCCUGCCUUCCUCCGGAACCAAGUUCGGUGUAAGGUGGCUGAAGCUCGGGAGGAGCUGUCGUUUCUGGAGGGUAAUCCUGAACUGUUUCUCCGGGAAUCGCUGCACCGGGUUGGUUAUUCGGGCGCUCUUGGAAACCCGCUGUUCCCUACCAAGGAAGCUCUUGCGAGGAUCAACCGUGGUGCCAUUUGCAAUUUCUACUUUGAAAACUAUACUGCUGACCGCUUGGUUUUAGCUGCAUCAGGCGUGAACCACCAGCAUUUGGUAGACAUCGCAUCACCCUUGUUGUCUGAUCUUCCCAAGGGGUCUCCUGUGCACAAACCAAAGUCGGCGUAUACUGGUGGAGAUUUCAGGCACAAAACUGACUCUGAGGUGACACACGUGGCGAUGGCUUUUGAAGUUCCAGGAGGCUGGCAUCAGGCACAAUCAGCUGUAAUCAUGAAAGUCAUGCAGACAUUGAUGGGUGGCGGAGUUUCAUACUCCAGUGGUGGUCCAGGGAAAGGAAUGCAGUCCAGGCUUUAUCUCUUGGUUAUGAUGGAGUAUGAUUGGAUGCAAGCAAUUUCAGCAUUUAGUAGUGUGUAUGAUGACACUGGUCUAUUUGGUAUUCAUUUGGCUGCGCCAUCUGAUCGUGUCGCUGAGGCUGUUGAUAUUGCUAUAAAAGAAUUGACAGCAAUUGCAAGACCUGGUGAAGUUACUGAAGCUGAGCUCAAACGAGCGAAAAAAUCGACAGUUUCAUCCGGUCUACGGAACCUCGAAUCCAAGAAAAGUCAUACAGAAGACAUCGGGAGGCAAAUCCUGAUCGAUACUUCAGGGAAGGCGAGCCAGCACUUCCUAGAGCACAUCGAUGAAGUGACUCUGGACGAUAUUACGUCAGUCGCGCAGAAGAUGCUGUCCUCAUGCCCUACCAUGGCGAGCUGGGGAGAUGUCGACAAGGUGCCUACUCAUGAAUACGUCUGCAAGCGGAUCGAGUCGCCCCCGAGUGACCUCAUGUGGGCGCUAAAAAGCUUAUUUUCUUGACGCUAGAUCACGUACAGCAGUUCCAUGGCUGGAGCUGCCGUGCUGACCAGAGACUCAGCCUGUUUUGGUCGGUAUUUUUUUGUAAAACAGUAGUAUUUUGAGCAGAAUUGGUCGAUAAUUUUGGACUACUGACCUUAGUCCCAGCUUUGUUGUUACUGAACUUUCUGUAGGCUCGAGAAA